AAACUCACGAAACUCACUCUCCUGGAAACCCACCCAGAACCUUUACCCUCUGACACCAUGGUCAGCUCCUGUUGUGGUUCCGUCUGCUCUGACCAGGGCUGUGGCCUGGAGACCUGCUGCCGCCCCAGCUGCUGUCAGACCACCUGCUGCAGGACCACCUGCUGCCGCCCCAGCUGCUGUGUGUCCAGCUGCUGCAGACCCCAGUGCUGCCAGUCUGUGUGCUGCCAGCCCACCUGCUGCCGUCCCAGCUGCUGUCAGACCACCUGCUGCAGGACCACCUGCUGCCGCCCUAGCUGCUGUGUAUCCAGCUGCUGCAGACCCCAGUGCUGCCAGUCUGUGUGCUGCCAGCCCACUUGCUGCCGUCCCAGCUGCUGCAUCUCCAGCUGCUGUCGCCCCAGCUGCUGUGUGUCCAGCUGCUGCAGGCCCCAGUGCUACCAGUCUGUGUGCUGCCAGCCAACCUGCUGCCGUCCCAGCUGCUGCAUCUCCAGCUGCUGCCGCCCUUCUUGCUGUGAAUCCAGCUGCUGCCGCCCGUGCUGCUGCCUGCAUCCAGUCUGUGGCCGAGUCUCCUGCCACACCACUUGCUAUCGCCCAACCUGUGUCAUUUCCACCUGCCCCCGUCCCUUGUGCUGUGCCUCCUCUUGCUGCUGAGCUCCUUUCCUGAAACUAUCUCCUCCCCUUCAGCUCACUCCUCACAGAAGCAGACCUUGUGCAUCUCAUAAACAACUCAGAAGAGGCCAUUCCCACCAACUGUGUGUCCAUAUCCUGGACAUAUAUCUAGGAUAUAUGUCCUGGCUAUACAUCUAGAAUAUAUGUUCCCCAUGUUGACCCAAGUGUGAAAUUAGAUAUUAUUUACAGAAAGAAAUUAAUAGAAUUUACCAAAUUUUAUACCUUAUAUUUGUAUUUAUGGAUACCAAGUUCUUCUGUCCCAAACAUGGAAAUUCUUGCAGGGUAACUCGGGGCAAGGAUGUCUCACUCUCAGAUUUGAAAGUCUGAUUGUUUCACCCUGUAUUUCCUUUUACAGCAAUGUUUCUGUAUCUUAUUUUUGCUGCUUCUGAAUAAAACUCCACUUUUGUCGCAUAGAAAUA